CAAUAUCGCCCAUUGCUAUUCCAAAGUUAUUGUGGCAACAAGAACUGAAUUUUGUCUGUACAGACAAAAUGUCGUAUUUAUCGAACUUCACUGCCGAAACUGGUAAAACGAUCCUAAUCGAUGUGCUAAAAACUGUAAACCAAUCUGAGAAUGCGAAGAAACUAUCGGAAGCAAAGGCUAACUCUGGUAAGGAAAUGAUUAAAAUGAUGCAGUACGUCUUCCCGCUCGUGAUGCAGCUGCAGAUUACCGUCAUCAAGGAAUACGGAUUCCCACCGAACCGAGAGGGAUUGGUACAGUUCGAGCAAAUUAUUCGGGAGUUUGAACGAGAGGACGUGGAUAUUGCUAGAUUGCGCUCGCAAAUACGUUCAAUCUAUUUGCCACCAAUAAAUAUAAACAACACCAAUGAUGUGCUAAUUUAAAUUGCAUGUUGACAAGUAACCGAAACGUUAUGAUAGCGAUGUCGCAAUUUGUAUUUCAAGCAGGACGAUAAAUUUUACUAUAUACUUUUUAUGCUACGAACUCAGCAUGUUCGAAUUUAUUCAAGACUGAAGCUAUAAAUUAUGAGCAGUUUACAGAAGAUCGAGAAUGAAAGCUCUCAUACUAAAACAAUGCUUAAAACUGCCUGAAUUUGUGAACUUAAACAGCGAGUUUGCUGAUUUUAUGGUAAACAUCUUUUGUUAUCUUAAGUAUAUAAUUAUAUAAGGUAUCUUGUAUUUAUUACUAUACGGUUUAAAGAAUAUUGCAGGUUUUUGUCUUAUAAAUAAAAAAAUGCUAUUGUAUUUUUUUUACUACCUACUAGUCGAUAAACCGAAACAACAAAUAGACGAAAUAGCCAGGAAGUACAAAAACCAAUCUUGGAAUCAAACUGAAUUAAAAUAUUUGCUUGCUUGAUUUCAGUGGCGUCAUUGAUAAACUUUCUACUUGUCUUGUCAGAUUUUACAUCAACUUGCAUUUACUCUGAUCACGAAGCUAUAAUUAAUUCGUUGAAGUUGGCUUAGGUCCCAGUGUUGGACUAUCCGAUAUGUCAGCUCAAUGUCGAAUGCCAUGAAGUUCUUAGUUUUGUAAGCACCCUCCAGAUAGACUUACCAGAUUUUGCUCAGGGGGAAAACGGGACAAAUGAAUUCUAAAAACAGACUAAGAUCGAUUUUUGAAAAUUUUUACCAAUGUAAAACGUACAAACUUAGAUUAAGCUUAGAUGAACCUGCCUGGUUCUAUGAAAAGAAAUACAAAGAUGAUGAUGGAAUUUUGCGCAGUAGAGUAUGAUUUUUGGAAAUAUGCUCGUAAAUAUAGUCAGGAUAUAUUAGUUCUUCAAAGCGGUCAAAGUUUCACUUUUUCGACUGAUAAAGAACAGCACAGUCAGCAGUUCAUAAAUUUCUUACAAAUGCAUCAGACGUCGACAUCCAGUGUUAUCUCGAAAAAAAUCGGAAAAUC